AUGUCGGCCGGUGGAACGGAGGAGCGGGGAGGGUUGGAAGGCGCCGUGCUUGGUCGUCUCCGACUCAUCCGGGAGCGAUGGAUGCGGGGGACCGGCGAACGCGGCAUCGCUCCCGGAGGAUGCUGGGGAGGUGAGCGCCUUGCAGACUCUGCCGGUGACGCUGCUCUCGACGGUUUUCAGAUCGACGUGCAGCUGAACAUCAUGUCGUUCCUCUCGCCCCAAGAUCUGUGUCAUUUGGGAAGCACGAGUUGUUACUGGAGGGCGGCCGUGCAAGACCCGUUGUUGUGGAGGUAUUUUCUCCUGAGGGAUCUCCCGUUUUGGACAUCCAUUGAUUGGAAAUCACUCCCAGAUGUGGAGGUUUUUAAUAAAGCCUUUUCAGAGGACAGCGAUAAUGUGCUGCAUGAUUAUAUGGCAGUAUAUAAAAAAAGCUGUCCUUGGAGUAGAAGAAGUUUGAAAUCAAGCCGUCCCCGGUAUGGGGCUGUGACUUCUGUUUUGCUGUCACUGGGAAUUCGGGCAGAACCUCGCUUCGCUAUGUUUGGGCCGGGUUUGGAAGAGCUGGAUGACUCUUUAGUGCAAAACAUGAUGACGUGUCCAGAAAUUCUGCUAGUAGCUGGCCUACCUCAAAGACAAAUUCAUGGAAUUGGAUCAGGAGUCAGUUUUCAGUGUAAUAACAAUCAAAAAUUCAAUAUUCUAACGUUAUAUUCAACCACCAGUGUGGAAAGGAAGAGAGCCAGGACACAGCAAGCUGUUGCUGUGAAUAAGAUGUUCUACCAAGACAACAGCGUAGUAGGCAAUCAGCAAGCCGUGCACUACAGUGUAAUAGCUGAAGUGAAAAAGGUGUGCGAAGUAGUUGAUGGAUUCAUUUAUGUUGCUAAUGCAGAAGCUCAUAAAAAGCAUGAACGUCAAGAAGAACUGGGUCGUAUUUUGGCAAUGAUUGAUCCAGCCCUGGGCCCUCCAAACAGACCUCUGCUAGUUUUGUCCUGUGUCUCUCACGCUGGUGUGAAAAGGAUUCCGUGUGUUUACAUGGCACAUCAGUUGCAACUAAAUCUGCUAUGUCAGCCCUGGAUGGUGCAGGAUACUGUAGCUGCAACUUUAGAUGGAUUGCUGAAUGGAAUUGAGUGGCUCCUGGAAGAAGCAAGUUGUAAAAAUGCACAGUAA